UGAUGGCAGACACUUGAACAUAAACCGAGCCCUAUCUUUAAAGGCGACUGUGCGGUUUGAGACGCAGUCGCAGUGCUGAUGUGUAGCUGGAGUUCAUAAAAGGGGGUGUGGUUUACUUCAAUCCCUACUGUAAAACCAAAACAUUAUCCCUCCAGUGAAACGAAGAAUAACCUACAUUUGGACUGUCUCUCGUCAACUUGGAUACGAACGUAACGUUCGCUGCGCAGCAUUCAGUGUAGACAAAAGCUGGACCUUCCUGUUGGAAUUCUGUGCCGUAUUCCUGCUGAUGGACAGUUUCUCGGUGCGACUUUGGACUCGUGCUUGCAGUCUUGUCAUAUCGACUAAGAGCGGAACUAGAUUACGCGAUGAGUUCGGCUGGAUUCAGAGGACGCAAGUGUGAAAAGAGGCUACCGGCUUACCUUUGAAUGGAUUCAUCAAUGCCUUGGAGCUUAAAGAAGGCCAUGCUUUCAUUCGCACCCCAUCUUUUAUGUACUGAUUCUGGAUAGGUUUUCCCGAGCUCAAGACAGGACUUUUUACAUUUUCAUUUUUCAAGGACUAAAACCAGACCAGAGGUCAACCAGUGGAGUGCUGUGGACGUGCUAUUUUUGGACAAUAAUCUUACUCUCCAGUGGUGUACUUUAUGAAAGACAAGCCCUGGAAGAUUUCAAAAGGACUUUUUCAUGGAAGCUGUGUGCCUGGAGGGGUAAAGGAUCAACAGAAAAUAAUUAGAAAUCUCGUGUUGCAACAUUCUAAAACCUUGUAGGAUUUGCCUUCCUAUGAAUCCCGUAGAUUAUUAAAUGCUGUUCUUGCAACCACGGUGCUUUCCAGAUUUACAACACGCAAAAUGAACAAUCAACCCAAACGUCGGCUGUAAAAGGAAACGUUUGACAAAGGAAUAAUGAACGAGGGACCGCAGCAUGAGCACAAAUUCCAGGUCAAAGCCGACUUUUUGUUUCACGCCGCCAGUGAUGAUGCGCCUGUCUCUCUGGUGGACCGGUGUGGCCGAAACGCCGCGUGGGAGCCCGGCUGCCUAGCGGACCCGGCGGAAAAAAGAACCCUGCAGGACAGCCAGGCUCACUGUCCUCAGAGAGCUACCGAAGCGCCUGGGGGAGGGGCGGGGCCUGCGCCGGGGAGUAACCAUGGUUACGGCACCGGUAAAAGCCACGCCCCCAUUGGUGGGAGUCCCGAGGAGAGCCCUCAGUCACUGAACACCUCCCCAGUCCAAGUGCUUGAUCUGACUGUAGGCCGGAGUGACACGGUCAGCAGGAAUGGAACCGCGGGGGAGAUGGACAGGAAAGACCAGAGCAGCCUGCCCUGCUUUUCCGCUAAAACCAAAGAGCAAGUGGAGCGACCCUCUUCCUUGUUCGAUGUGAGCAGGGGCCAGCAGCAGAUUAGCAAUGCCAACUGCGUACCAGGGGAGGGAGAGCCCUUGUCUCCCGGUUCUUAUUGUAACUCCACGGGAUCCGAGCCAUCGCAUGACCUGGGCCUUCUGGUCGGCUCAGGACUGGGGAGGGACCGGCAGGAACGGGACACAAUUCGAGGAAACGCGGGGCCGGAAUCGCCUCAAGGGCAGCUGGACUGCGGGGUCCGAGCCGUCCGCGCUCGGAAGGACGAGCCGGAUCUGGUGAUCGAGGUGGGCGGGAAGAAGAUCCAGGCACACAAAUCCGUUCUGGCGGAGAAGAGCGACUAUUUCAAGGCGCGGCAGUCUCGCGACAUCCUGAAGGUGAAAGGGGUGAGCUACAAGACGCUCUCCGUUUUGAUAGAAUAUGUUUAUACCUCCCGGAUGGAAGUGAGCAAGGACAAUGUCGUGGAGGUCAUCACCGGGGCGAAGAUCCUGCAGAUACCGUGCGCGGUCCAGGCCGCUAUGGACGCCGUGUCGGACCAGAUCACCGCCGAGAACUGCUACGAGAUCCUGUCCAUAGCCAAAAAGCAGAGGUUGAGCGACCUGAAGGAGACGGUGUAUCGGUUCAUGAGCGACAACUUCCUGCAGGUGCUGAGGGACCCCGCCGUGUACGGGCGCUUGACGGGCUCGGAGCGCGACCUGAUUCUCAAGACCAGGAUGGAAGGGAAGAAAUCCCUGAUGGUGGCCGAGAUCAACGACGUCUUCGACCGGGUCGGGAGCAGGCCGCCGAGCCGAAACAACAGCCGGCCCCAGAGCCCCCUGUCCGUGGCGUCCUGCGACGACCUCCGCAUGAUUCACUACUACAACGAAGCGACGGACGAGUGGACGUCCCUGACUCUGAUGCCGGAAGACGUCAACACGAAGGGCUGCGGGAUUUGCACCAUGUACAACUACCUGUUUGUGGCCGGCGGGAUAAGGGGCUCCGGAGACAGAGGCAAGGUGUCGGACAAGGUCUUCUGCUACAACCCUGUGACGGACAGCUGGAGCGAGGUCCGGCCGCUCAACCAAGCCCGGUCGCAGCUCAAGCUGGUCUCGGCAGACGGCUACCUGUACGCCAUAGGAGGGGAGUGCCUGUUCACCGUGGAGAAGUACGACCCUCGGAUGGACCGGUGGACGUCCGUGGCCCCUUUGCCCAAGGGGGCGUUCGCGGUGGCCCACGAGGCCACGACCUGCAACGGCGAGGUGUACGUGUCGGGGGGCUCGCUGUUCUACCGCCUGCUCAAGUACGACCCCAAGAGGGACGAGUGGCAGGAGUGCCCCUACAACAACAGCCGCAAGCGCUCGGCGGACAUGGUGGCGCUGAAGAACUUCAUCUACCGCUUCGACGUCAACCGCGAGCAGGGCGUCAACGUCUUCAAGUACAACGCCAUCGUGAAGAUGUGGCGAGACUGCGCCUCGCUGCCGCAGGCCAACCCGCAGCCCUUCAGGUGCGCCGUCAUCGGGGGCUGCGUCUACUGCGUCAACCGCUCCCAGACGCUCCGUUUCAUGGUGGCGGAGGACGAGGCGCACUUUGCGCCGGAGCAGCUGAAGGCCCCCGUCGAGGCCAAAGGCGUCCUCUUCCCUUUCGUCCUGAGCCUGCCGGAGAGGGCCGACAGAAACGCGUGACGCCUCGGGAAAAUUGGGCUAUGCACUCCCCCCGCUCCCCCUCGCGUACCCUCAAAGAGGCACUGACUGAAUGAGAGGAUUGUGGGACGCGACUGAUUAUUAAUUUAAGCACACUGCUGUUUUGUUUUAGGUGGUUUGACAUGUCUUAUUUAACUGCUCAGUUCUUGAAUAUUUUUCUUUGCAUGGCUUGCUUCAAAGAUUUUGUGCAGUAUGGGACAGGCCUUAAAAUGGAAAUAGUUUAAUAUAUAGGAUGUGAAUGACAAAUAUGUUCUUUGAUUUGCAGUAUAUAUCUGCAGAUUCAUUGAUGUUUUGUUUUCCUGUGUUUGUUUUGAUUUGUGCACCUUUGUAUUUGCUCUUAAUUCAGAAUAGAUCUUUUUGUCUGAUGGAGGAAGAUUUUGCUGGCAGCAUAAGCUAAAUUAAUAAAUCAACGAGUCAUAGCCCAAUGUCGAAAUAACCUUUUUAGUUAUCCUGUUUAAAGACAUAAAUUCAGCCAGAGCUGAUAAAUUGUCUGCAGAGCUAAAAGCUAUUGAAUCAAAAGUAUUCAUUGAAAAAAUAAACAUUUUUAUUCCAAGGGAGAAAGAGAUACAGACAAGUAGACACAUAGGUGAUCACAUUACCUAAGCUCAGUUUACCAAAAAUAAACUGGAAGACAAACUUGAUAUAUCCACUGUGGUGAUAUAACACUUUGUUUUUGUUUUGGUAAGAUAUUACAAGUUUGACAAGACAAUACAGCUGAAAGGUCUAUGUGCUGCUAAUGCCUAUUUACAUAGUAUAGGCAAGAUACAGAUGAAUCAUCCAGCUGAAUACCAUUUCAGUUCCAACCCACCUCUAACCUUCUGUCAAAGAUCAGUAUUAUCAUUACAUGCAUUAAGGUUGUUCUGCCCUUAACCAGUAUCAUCUGUAGUUCAUCACAUUACUCUUUAUUUGGGCAUGUGCAGAAUGUUGCAGUAACCGGAUGUGUUCAUUCAUAGCAAUGAGACAGAAACGGCAUUGGCUCUUAUUGUGUAACUUCCUUUGCAGGAUUCAAAAAAGGUUAAGGGAUAACAACGUUUUCUAUUUAUUUUAUUUUUUAACUGGACCUUUCAUUCAAAGACUAUGUGACUUAACUCGUUUUCAAACUGCACUGUCAGAAACACUGGACAAAGUACAGUGGAAGAACAAAAAACAAACCCAAAGCCAGUUGAGGGGUGAAACUGAAAAUUAUUUUACCCCAGGAAACAGCAGUCAAAAAAAAUGGGGAAAACCACUCCGUUGCCUAACGGUCCUGAGAGUAAAUCUUUCAACGAGUAUGGACUUCUGUCUGGACUGCACAAUAUAACACGCUCAGCAAUGAGAGAACGCAAUUACGUGUUAACAAUAAAUUCUCUUUUAUUAUGGUAAGGCCCGGUAUGUGAAGAACGUUACUGCCCUCUGGUGUCUCAACUGAUGAUAAAGUCGUCUAUGUGCUAGGGUCAAACGCGAACCUGAAGCAGCCAUCUCCAAAACAACUGCGCGACCGAGUCACCGCCGCCUUUUAGAACUUCCUCUCAUGCACAUUACAGAGAGGAGGUGAGUGUGGUGCAUGUCCAGUUUCUUGUUUGCUGUAAUAAAAUAAGCACUUUUCCUUGGUUUUUUUUGUCAACUGUUCUUAUAUUCUUUUCGCAUGCCAAAAUCCUUAGCAGAAACGAGGGUUGUACACGCUACAUUUUUAAACCUGCCGUUUUUUUUGUCUAUCUUUGGGGUUUUUUAAUUCGGUAAUUAUGUCGACACCUGUGUGGUAUAUCCACAAGCUGAUUUUAAUCAGCAAUGGACAUGCAGGAAAAAUAUAUUCGGCGUGUAACUGUCCUGUCUGAAAAACACAUCGAGGGACCCAGUGGAUGUGGAUGGUUCAAUUUGGGUUUGCUUAUUGCUGGGUGGAUUCAUUGUGCUUGUAGUGGAUACUGAAAGGCAGCUUGGUGUACUGAUAAAAUGAAUGUCUUAUGAAGGUCGUAUUAAUUUUACUGGUUGCUUUCACACCUAGUUCAUGCAAUUGUUAAUUUGUUUAUUUGUUAAAUAUUACAAGAGUUUGACUUGCAGUAUCCUAGCUCACCUUCGAGUACAGUAGGUGGCAGUAUUGUGCCUUUUGACAUCUAGUUUUCUAUUCAGUAAAAUGAAGAAAAAGACAAUAUCAACCCAGUAAUUAAAACCUGCUGGAAAUCUAACUUGCAAGCAAAAUCAGAGAAAAUAUUUUGCAUAUUCCAAAACAAACUUUUAUAUUAAACUGGAAGGGCUGUAUGCUGCUUGUGGUCAUUUUGUUUGUGGGAUUGGUGCUGCUGACAAGAUACCAAGCAUAAUAGGUUCUGAUGUUCUUUGUUUCCCAUUCAUAAUUUACACACAUGCUUGUGCAUGUGCACACUUACAUGCCCACACAUCAGCAUGCACACAUGCGCACACGCACGCACACGCGUUCACACACACACAUAUAAUGAGCAUGAGCAGUACUGAACUUUGUUUCCAAUUUUUCCAAGGGAAUGCUUGAACAUGUGAUAAAAUGAACCAAACUGAAGCAGUUAAAUGAACACAUCCCAUCUUAUCGAACUAGGUGUGAAAGCCACCUUUGUGCAGCCCACAAGCUUACUGACAACUGUGUCUAAUUGCAGCUAGCACACUAAUGCAAGGCUUUUUUUUACUGUUGAAUGGUGUAUUACAGUCAAAAGGAGGCCCUGAAAAUAAAAUGAAAUGGUCCUUUAGUA